AUGGCGACCAUCGACGUGAGCUACCAACCAGGGACUCCUGAGCCAAACUUAUUUCCCAAAAUGGCCAACUAUACUUCCUCUAAAACAACCCAAGACAGCCUCAAAAGAUCGUUCGCCAAAUACUUGGCUUCAGAGCACAGCACUCAAGCUGUUGGAAAACUAUUCCACCCCGAGAGUCACAUCCAAUAUGAAGAACCUAGCUAUAUCCAUUCGAUGGAAGAGAUUGGAUACUCUGCCACAAGUGGUGUAUCUCCCAUUGCUGUCUCCGAGCCUUUUCGUCUCUUUACCGAAGAGGCUGUCAACAUUAUGAGAGAAGAGAUUUUCGACAAGGAAGUUCAAGAGAAAUACAGCUACACUUCAGAUAUCGCCCCUAAACAGCUUCGUGGAUACGCUCCUGAUCACGGAAAAUUCAUCUACGAGGCUUGGAAACACCCUGAGACUCUUGCAAUUAUCUCUAAAAUCGCUGGUGUUGAUCUUGUUCCGGUUAUGGACUACGAGAUUGGCCAUAUCAACUUGUCUGUUCCAGGAAAAAGAAAGGACCAUGACAGCAGUGCUUUGAUCAGCGAGGAAGAUGAAAAGCCAAUCGUUGGCUGGCACAGAGAUAGUUAUCCAUUCGUUUGUGUUCUCAUGAUGAGCGACACAACAGGAAUGGUAGGCGGCGAGACUGCUUUGAGAACUGGAUAUGGUGAUAUUAAGAAAGUCCGCGGUCCAUCAAAGGGAUGCGCUGUAGUAUUACAAGGUCGCUAUAUUGAUCAUCAAGCUCUGCAAGCUUUUGGAGGACAAGAAAGAAUCACCAUGGUCACCUCAUUCCGUCCACGAUCCCCACGUGUCCGUGAUGACACCGUCCUCACCACCGUCCGACCCAUCUCCAACCUCUCCGAUUUAUAUGGACAAACGGUCGAGUAUCAAUUAGAGAAUGCCGAGGCCCGUAUCAGAAUCAUGCUCAAGGAACUGCGCGAUUCCAUGAAAGCUGGUGCCACCAGCGCCAAAGCCAUCAAAAAGUUCCUCGACUUCGAAAUCGAACAACUCACCCAUCUCAACGCAGAAAUUGUCGAUGAAUCACUUGUGACGGCUGGAAAGCUGGAAGAAGUCUGCGCCGAAGCUGCGAAUCCUAAUAAGAAGCCCAGAGCCCAGUGA